CCAAAUUACCAUUUGCCCUGGAGUAGCCCUUUAUUCAGGAGGAACUUUAUAAACAUCAAGAGACUAUUUUUCCAAAACCCGUUUUAAAAAAAAUCCCAGGCACAAUAAAAGCACAUUGUGCUCUUCAAUGUUUGCUUUGAAGAAGUGUUUUUCCACUGGUGUUUUGACUGAAGGGUUUUGUUGCUUCCUUCAUUUCUCCUAGCGGUUCUUGGCGAUGGAGCCCACAUACCGACUUUUCACCCUUUACUCGCUCUCGUGGAUAAGACUUCAUUGCCCUUGGGAGUUGGCCAAGCAACCAAAUAGCUUCUGUCUUCAGUGUCUCAAAAUCCUCGAGGCGGUGCAAGCUGCAUUUUUCCAGGACCAGGACAGGAUGCCAAAGUGAUGAUGUCACGGCCCCGGCAGCCAGCCCCUCCGUUUCCUGUUUCUUUCCUCCUGACAGACUCAUGAAUCAUAUCAGCUUUAUCAUUUGACUCCGAGCUCAUUUCCCUGUUCCACAAACGUUGGAGUUUGAGGAGGUGGGAGCCAAGUGUAAUCAAAACACGAAGUCCCAAGUUGCUUUUUCCUUGCAAAACUGGAACACAUGUUCUCCCGUCUUGAAAGAAAGCACAGCAUCUGGCUUCAUUUCGAGUUUUCCAGCCGAGCACUCCGCUCCCUGGGUCAGACGGUGGUGAUCUCAUCUGCAAAGCUGGCUGUUCACCGUGCCCACACUGUGCCGGAGGCAGGCAAGGUCCCGGGCAAGGUGACAGUGAGGCCCUUGUGCGUGCCCAGCAUUGGCGCUUGGGGCCGGGGGGUGUGUACGAUGGGGAAGGUCUUCACAAAAGUAAAUCUGGGAGUGUAAUAUACUCAGGUACUCAGCUCCCUGGAAGGUGCUAACCUCCUUACAGAUCAUUCAUCAUAUAGUGCUGAAUUUAUUUAGCAGAUACUGUGUGAACCGCAGGCUCAGCUCUCAGGGUUUUACUUCAAUCCGUUUCAUCUUCAUACAUAACCCUACAAGGUGGAUUCAGCUGUGGUUGACAAAUUGCAGAGGAGGAAACGGAGGAACUGAGAGGGAGGGGAUCCUACCACUCCCCCACCCCCAGAACCUGGAGUUUGGAGUUCUGGAUAACAGGCACAAGGAGGAAUUACACAAACAAAUAAGUUUUACGCGCCCUUCAUCCAUGCCUUGUCAUUGACUUAGAACGCAUGCGCUAGCCCGGAAACUCCCCGGCGUCGGACAGAAACUGGAAGCGGGAGUGGGCGCGGCGAGCUGCCACCAUGGCGCAGUACAAGGGCACCAUGCGGGAGGCCGGCCGGGCCAUGCACCUGAUCAAGAAGCGGGAAAAGCAGAAGGAGCAGAUGGAGGUGCUGAGGCAGCGGAUCGCCGAGGAGACCAUGGUUAAGUCGAAGGUGGACAAGAAGUUCUCGGCUCAUUACGACGCCGUGGAGGCCGAGCUGAAGUCGAGCACGGUGGGCCUGGUGACCCUCAACGACAUGAAGGCCAGGCAGGAGGCCCUGCUCAAGGAGCGGGAGAUGCAGCUGGCCAAGAGGGAGCAGCUGGAGGCGCGGCGCCUGCAGCUGGAGACCCUGCGGGAGAAAGAGCGCAAGCGGGAGCAGAAGCGCAAGAUCUGCAGUCUGUCCUUCGCGCUCGAGGAAAGCGAGGAGGGCGCCGCGGAGGCGGAGGCGGUGGCGGCGGGGUCUGGGGAGCGGCCCUCUUCGGCGGGGCUGAGCAAGAAGAAGAAGAACCUGGGGAAGAAUCCAGACGUAGACACGAGCUUCCUGCCUGACCGCGACCGCGAGGAGGAGGAGAACCGGCUGCGGGAGCAGCUGCGGCAGGAGUGGGAGGCCAAGCGCGAGAAGGUGAAACGCGAGGAGAUGGAGGUCACGUUCAGCUACUGGGACGGCUCGGGGCACCGGCGGACCGUGCGCAUCCACAAGGGCGGCACCGUGCAGCAGUUCCUGAAGAUGGCCCUGCAGGGGCUGCGCAAGGACUUCCGCGAGCUGCGGUCAGCCGGCGUGGAGCAGCUCAUGUACGUCAAGGAGGACCUGAUCCUGCCCCACUACCACACCUUCUACGACUUCAUUGUCACCAAGGCCCGGGGCAAGAGCGGGCCGCUCUUCAACUUCGACGUGCACGACGACGUGCGGCUGCUGAGCGACGCCACCGUGGAGAAGGAUGAGUCGCACGCAGGCAAGGUGGUGCUUCGAAGCUGGUACGAAAAGAACAAGCACAUCUUCCCCGCCAGCCGCUGGGAGCCCUACGACCCCGAGAAGAAGUGGGAUAAGUACACUAUCCGAUGACCCCUUGGCCACGCCCCUGAGGCUCCCUGUCGCGCCCCACCUCCGCCUUGCCUGCAGAUAGAGCCUUAGGGGCCCCUGGUGGCUUCCUGCCCACGCCCGGGGCAGCGACAGCCAGCAGAGGAAACGGAUUUCUGUGUGCUGGAACUUCCAACUUAAUUUGGUGACCACUUCUUUCCCAAAAUGUAAUAAAGAACUGGGGGUUCUUGUAA